AUGGCUCGAUGCCUAAAUUCAUACGCUCAGAAAGUCAUGCAUGAAGAGCAUUACGAAGAAGACGUUGAUGACGAAGACUUGGAUGAUGACGAUGUUGAUGGGUAUGAAGGACUCAGUGACUAUGAUGAAGAUGACAUACCUGGAUCCUCUGGCUACGGAAGCCACAGUUUUGGUAAUACUGGGAGUGAGGGAAAAAGUGCUGACUUGCGGCGCCAGAGAUCUAUUAGCGAAGGUGGUGCUGUGUACUGUGUCGAGGCUGGUGAAGACAACAGACGGGAUCAUCACAACCAACUUGAACGUAAAAGACGUGCAAGUAUCAAAACAAGUUAUAAUGACCUUCGAGAAGUUAUCCCGGGUUUACGAGGAUCGAAAGCAUCCAGGGCAGUUAUACUACAGCGCGCAGUUGAGUGCAUCGAAGAGUUGGUCAAAUUGAAUCGUGACCAUACUGUUUGUGUUGAAACGCUGAAACGUCAGAACGACCUGUUGGAUUCUCGAGUUCAAGAGCUCCAACGUUUGGUGCAGCGAAUGGAUGGCGAAGAAGCGUGCAACACUCCAACAUCAAGUUCUUUUGCUAACACUAUUUCUCCGAAUAAUAAUGUCGCCCUUCGAUUAAUAUCACCAACAGCUUCGGGUGUCCCAAUGUAUCGCUGUAUGUCUCAAGAUCCACUCCAGUCAUCUACAUCAACAGAAUGUCCCGGAACUGCUUCUGGUACAGAAUAUGUGUCGUCUAGUCAUCCAUCUGUUCUUCAGUCACAAAAACCUGUUCUGUGCACUAUGGCAAAUUAUUCUCCUUCUGCGCUUGGCCGUGCUAACACAGUAAUGCAUUUCGUCACUAACACGAGUGCCAUAAAUUCAAUCGGGGGACUGGCAACCGACAGCAACACCACGAGCCUAGUUUCUAGUUCACAUUCUGCAUUUUCCCCUUCUGUUUCCUCGUCUGAUGGAUCCAGUACUGGGCCUGCACGAUCCCUCUCCCAGCGGUCUAGUCCUGGUGGGUUGUCAUCUUCGUCUAAUACUUCAUCUAACCCGACAUCACGGCAAUCCUUUAGGACAGAUGAUGACUACUCAGCAGUUUCGAGGGAAGUAAAUUCAACAGGGUCGUUAGAAAAUAUCCCAACAUCUGCGGAUGGUACCACACAUUCAAACACCAAACCAGUUCGUCAACAAUUGCGUUCAUCUUCUAGUCCUUCACGUUCUUCUCCACCACCGAUUUUAUCGACUGUACCAACUUUGUUACCCGCUUAUCGUAAAUCAGAUUCUCCUAUACAUUCAUCACACUCACUAAACUCAGGAAGUUGCAAUUCGCAAGGGAAUUUAGGCGGAAAAUCGAAGCGUCGCAAAUUUAGAUGAAUUUUUCUCAUUAGUCUUCCUCAAAUUCUCAAGUUUAUUUUGUUUUUGUUCCACAUAAAUUCUGGGAUGUUUUGUCACAUUAUAUCUCGAUGGUUUCUUAGUUUUACCCAGGAUUUCUAUUUUACCAAACGUCGAAAUAAU